AGGAAACCAUAGCGUACCGAUUUCGUCCUCUGUAGCACACUGCAGUGUGAUCUAAUUAAUUUAAAGAAACCUGCUCUCGCUAUCGAUUGAUAUGCAAUCGACAUUUUAGCAGACGACUCUUACGCUGUCAAAAUUCUGACCGCGAGAAACUUAACCGGUUUCACAUUAAAGCUAAUUGGUGGUUAGUUUUUCUUCAUUAUGACAGAAUUCAAUGUAGAAGUAGUUUUUGAGGUCGCGUUAAAGGCAGUGAAAGAUGCAGGAGAGAUUAUCAAAGAAGCUUUUUAUAAGAAGAAAUCUGUGCUCACCAAAUCUUGUGAGGUCGAUCUCGUGACAGAAACCGAUCAGGCGGUAGAGAAAAUGUUGAUUGGCAGGAUUAAAGAAAACUUUCCUAAUCACAUGUUUAUAGGAGAAGAAUCUGUGGCAGCUGGAGAAAAGUGUGACCUUACGAAUGACCCCACCUGGAUUGUUGACCCAGUUGAUGGGACAAUGAACUUUGUGCACUCCUUCCCUCAUUCAUGCAUUUCUCUUGCGGUCUUGUAUCAUAAAGAUGUUCACAUUGGCAUCAUCUUCAACCCAAUUCUAGACCAAAUGUACACAGCCAAACGUAAUCAGGGAGCAUUUCUCAAUGAUAAGCCAAUCCGAGUCUCUGAGGAAGAAGACCUGAGCAAAUCGUUAGUUAUUGCUGAAUUUGGCACAAACCGUGAUACCAAAAAAAUGGAAAGCGUUCUUAAAAACGUCUCAGCGCUUAUGAACAAAGUUCAUGGAUUACGUGCUAUGGGAAGCGCUGCAUUGAAUAUGGCCUCAGUCGCAGCUGGCGGGGCGGAUUGCUACUUCGAAUUCGGGAUUCAUGUUUGGGACAUAGCCGCCGGAGCGCUCAUUAUAAAGGAGGCAGGAGGUAUCUGUCUUGACACUGAAGGAGGACCAUUGGAUUUGAUGUCACGGCGAAUGAUAUGUGCCUCGUCAGAAAAACUGGCUCUGCAAAUCAUUCCUCUACUUGACCAAUUGAAAUUUGAAAGAGACUAACAUAGCUGAUUUGUGGGAUUUGAAUUCUACUUGAAAUAAAACCAAAGCUCUUAAGU